UGUGUUUCGCGACAACGCAGCUGAUUCGUCAGGCGACUGUGGCGAUUGCGUUUGCGAACUCAUUCAGGAGGACAAGCUACGCGGACGUCGGCGUCGGUGGCCAAGCCAAAAAUAAUUGCAGAGGCGAUGCAGCGGGUGCCGCCAACUCUGCACCUCUGACGACAUCAUGACGGUCGACUUCAGCGAUUAUUUUUGGGGCGAGAAAAACAGCGGGUUCGAUGUGUUGUACCAUAACAUGAAGCAUGGCGUCAUCGCCAGCAAGGAGUUGUCCGAAUACCUGAGAGAAAGGGCCAUUAUCGAGGAAAACAUUUGCAAACUGCUGACGAAGCAUGCGAAAACGGCCAGCGGCACCACUUCCCAUGGCACCUUUUCUCCUCUGUGGACCCUGCUCAGGAACUCGUCUGAAAAACUGUCCAGUUUACAUGGACAGAUGUUUCAGAAAAUCUCGGAGCUGGUCAAAGACGUGACCAAAUACUCGGAAGAGCUUCACAAGAAGCACAAAACGGUCAAGGAGGAAGAGUCUGUAACACUGGAGGUGGUCCAGUCGAUACAGACGACGACCUUGGCCGUGCAGAAGGCCAAGGACACUUACACCCAGCGCAGCUUGGAGCUAGACAAGUUGAGAAAAGAGAACGGCUCGGCCAAGGACAUUGAAAAGUCGGAAGUGAAGGUGCGUAAGGCGCAGGAGGAGUACAAGGCCCUGGUGGAAAAGUACGCCAGCACCAAGGAGGACUUUGAAAAGAAAAUGUACAUCGCGUGCAAGCACUUCCAAGAUGUGGAGGAGGCGCACGUAAGGCAAAUGAAAGAGUUUCUCAACACGUACGCCGACGAUAUUCUCAACAAUCACGAUCAAAUCGGACAGGUGCACAUGGAGUUCAAACGGUCUUGCCUUGAUAUGACAGUCGACAAGCUUUUGGAGCAGUUUGUUCUUAACAAAUAUACUGGAUUGGAAAAACCAGAGCAAAUCGACUUUGAGGAAGUGAGCGUGUCUGGCGGGGCAGUCUCGAGCGGCAGCAUGGGGGGUGGGCAAGGUGGGGAUGUGUCCUCGCUGAAGGACGAGAAAUCCAACGGAGGUGGCGAUAAGCCGGUGAAAAAAGAAUCUGCAGCAGGUAAUCUAGAGGCAGGCAGGCCGACAAAACAAAGCAAACCAUCCCGCCGCACAACUUCCCUUCUCAAUCUCUUCAUGCCUAACUCCCAGGGAGUGAAAGAAAGCGGCGAGACGAGCUCGGCGCCCACCAGUCCCACCGGGCCCAAUAACGCAACCACCAACGCCGCCUCUCUAGUUCGGAAUCCGUUGCGUGGAACACAGAAGGACUCACCACCUCGCUCCCCUUACACUAGUAUCUCCACUUGGACAACAGGAUUUUUGAGAAGUAGGCGCGAAAAGAAAAAAGAGAAAAAGGCGAAAAAGAACUCGAAGAAAGACUCGCAGGACAACAACAGCAAUAAGGAGGAUAAAUCUGAUGGAGAGGACAAGGAUGACGGUUCAAGUAGGAAAUCCGGGUCUCCUCCCCCGCCGGAAGUGGACGACGAGGGUUAUCGAAUUCGGCCUAAGGUUGACACGUGGGAAAACGAAAAAAACAACUUUUACUCAAGCUCGGACACAGAUACAGAGGACGACCGGGAAAGGAAAAUUCACGUUCAAAUCAAGCCGCAAAUCAACGGCUCGACAGUCAUGAGCGCGAGUGUCGACGAGCUGAGAGCCACGGUUGAGAAUAUGAAUCUUUCGUCUGUCGGCCAAAUGAUUGGAAGGAGAGGCUCCAGCGUGGACAACGACGGGAUGAAACGGAGCCAAUCAGUGUCCCAGCAGCUUGGAGGGAAGCCUAGUAGUGACUUGUUAGGCUUGACACUGUUUCAAAGUCCCUCAAGCUCUGUGGCAUCCACGCCUAGUGGUGCCAACGUGUCUGCAGGCCAAUACUCGCAGCUGCAGAGUCCGCCAGCGCUGCCCAGCCCCAGAGGCAGUCCCGCCAUGCCGCAACUCGAGGCUCAGACAACCAGAUACGCAGAUCUGGGCGAUAUUUUUGCUGAGGUCGGCGAGAUGCAGCCAGCCCUUCCGCCGAAGCAGCGACAGACACCGACUCCUACUGCAGGUUCAAUUGCCAUUCCAAGACCGCCUUCCAGAAGGGGAGAGGGCACUCCACAACUGCGCGGUCGCAUCAGUCCGGCGAGUCCAGCGCCGACGAACAUCGCGCGCGCCGACAGCACCAACAGCCUCGAGUUCCGCUCGACUGGCGUGCUGAAUUCGUCGCGGGGCCCGUCCCCACUGACGAUCGGCAUGGCGGACACGGUUCCCCUGGCCGUCGCCUUCCACGAAAUCAUUCACGCCUACUUCCGAGGCUCGGACGAGACCCGCUGCCAGGUCAAGAUGUCUGGCGACAUGAUGCUCUCCUUCCCGGCGGGCAUCGUGACCAUCCUGGCCAACAAUCCGUCGCCAGCGCAGCUCUCCUUCAAAGUCAAGAACUCUCAUCGCCUGGAAAAUGUUGUCCCCAACCGGCAGCUCAUCACACUGGACGCGUCUCAAACAACGACAGAAGUUUCAUCGUACGAAUUCAACAUGGGUGCGCUGACCGCGCUUUUGAGGAGACAAUAUGAUCAAAACCCUACUGCCUCUUAUUUUAAUGUGGAUAUUUUGAAAUACCAAAUAAAAUCAAAAAGUGGUGCCUCUUCGUGCCCGUUCCAAUUGGUCGCCUACUGGAAGUGUGAUGACAACCAAACUGGCCUGAAGGUCGACUACAAGUACAACAGCCACGCCAUGGCAUCACCCUCAUCCUUGCUCAACCUCACUGUGGCCGUCCCUGUUGAUGGCGGUGUCUUAUCAAUGCAAUCCAAACCCAGUGGGCUCUGGGUGCCGGAAAGCAACCGAGCAAUGUGGAAGUUCACCGAGUUGUCGCAGCACAGCGAAAACCAUGGAGUCGGAUCUCUGCGAGCGAUUUUCGAGCUGAGCAAUGGACCCGGUUCCCAGGGUACAAUCGCCGCCCAGUUCAAUUGCGAGGGCACUACCCUUUCCGGAGCCGAGUUUGAGCUUACUGGCGCUGGAUACAGACUGUCGCUUGUCAAGAGAAGAUUCGUCUCUGGGAAAUACAUUUGUGAUGGAGAUUUCGACUCGAGGUACCGUUACGCGGCGCCGCCGGGUCCGACGGCCUGCUAGCAUCUGGCCUGCGUCGAGGAGGGCUCUUGCUUGGGCGUCUGCAUGGUGCUGGUGGCCGCUUUGGCCACCGCCUCUCUGCUCCUCUCGGUUUGGCCUGAAAUGUGAUUUGACGAGCCCCCGCAAAAUUGAGAAUUCACUGAGGUUAAAAAUAAUGUUUCUUCUGCAGUGCAGAUCAAGUCGAAAUUAAUAAGAUCGAAAUUAAAGCUUUUGGGUUUGUUGAACGGGAAAAAAAGCACACGGGUUUCAAAGCACUUUAGUGCUGACUGUGUCCAAAACAUUCUUAGACUGCGCCCUUUUCAAAAUUUGGACGGUUGAGGUUGGCAAGACUGACUUGUAGAAAAAUAAAAACUAAAGAUUCUUGAUCGGGCACGAUCCUUUUGGAUGGGCACCUGUUUGGAAUUUUGGAUGCAGUCGGCGGAUUAAUUUGAAUGUGUCCAGAGAGAAAUACAAGAGAAGACUGCCAGAAUCACGUUUUACUAAUGCUGCUAGGAUCUUUCAAUUAUUGCGAAUUCACAAAAUUUGUUGUGCAUUCCGUGUUUGUAAUUUUGUGGAGAGCGGUCGCGGCUCGCACCCCGAGCAGGAUUCCUCGGCAAGGGCAUUUAAAUAUAUCCAUCCUCAGCGUGUGUGCCAAUGUUACUUUCUUGUCGGCUGCGAGCGCCGCGACUCACAAGCUGGUAAAAAGAAAUCGUUUUCUGUGAUACUGGAGGAGAAAGUGAAUUCAACAAAAACUAUAGUUAUCUAUUCUAGACUAUGUUUCCUUGUCAAGGCUCUAACCGCGCCUUUUUCUACUGGAAAAGUUUUUAUCGCCCACAUUUGAUGUAAUUUUAAGCCGGAACUGGAAUAUUAAUUUGUUACACAUUAAUUUCUCAAGUUUCUUGCGCAUCUCAGUUAGCGAAAUCGUUAUUAAUCAGGCUGUUUCGUUACUUUUUAGACCUUGUAAGUUGUAAAUUAGUAGUUUAUAGCGUCUAUGAUUACUUUGAUUUUAUUCAGCGUGGCAUGGGAGGUCCACUCGUUUCGAUGUAUAUUCACGGCUGCUACCUUGUAAAAAUGUUUCACAAUGCAUACACACGCGCCUCAUGUUCAUUGUAUAAGCAUUCUAUUAUUGUCACUCUAUAGAAGGGUUAUUAUUUUAUCCCACGAAUAAAUAUCUGAAGGUAAAAUAU